AUGGUCAACGGCUAUGGCAACGUCUUGCACCCGUGCCGAACCCUCAUCGAUUCAUGCUCCCAGCAUCACUUUGUGACGGAACGAUUCGCCACGCAGCUGGCGCUCAAUAAGCACCGUGCCGACUAUCAAGUUAGCGGUUUGAAUGGAGGUACAACACGAAUCCACAACGUCGUCCGCACGAUGGUCAAGUCUCGCGUCACCAGCUACUCGACCGAGCUCGAACUGCUGGUAGCGCCGAAGAUCACAAGUGAUAUGCCGGAGAAAUCGAUGGAUGUGACGAACUGGAACCUCCCAGUCCAUGUGGAGCUCGCCGACCCCAACUUCAACAAGCGAGGUCGGAUUGAUAUGUUGCUGGGAGCAGAAAUAUUCUGGGACCUCAUCAACUCGGAAAAAAUCACCCUUGCGGAAAACCUUCCUUCGCUCAGAAACACCGAACUAGGAUGGGUGAUUGGAGGCGUGAUUUCGGAUCAAAUACCCGUCAUCGCACGCACAUUCUGCAACGUUGUCCAGCGAGACGACCUCGGCGAUUUGCUGAAACGAUUCUGGGAGAUCGAAGGUGCUGAAGAUCUACGCCGAAACUCUACUGCGAGUACCGAUGAGUGCAUCCAGCACUUCCGGAGCACCUUUCUACGAAUACCCGAUGGAAGGUUCCAAGUCCGACUUCCAUUCAACGAAAGAAAGUCAGAACUAGGCGAAUCGCUGCAAAUGGCUACCCGGCGGUUCCUGAUGCUCGAACGUCGCCUGGAUCAGAGACCCGAGCUGAAGGCAGAAUAUUCCGAGUUCAUCCACGAGUACGAGCGGCUCGGACACAUGUGCGAAAUACAGGCCAACCCGAACGAGAAGGUCGGAUCAUCGUACUUUUUGCCGCACCACUGCGUAUUGCGGCCGAGCAGUGCAACGACGAAACUGCGGGUCGUUUUUGACGGUUCCGCAAAAACGUCCACUGGAACCUCCAUCAACGACACGCUGAAGAUUGGCCCAAUCAUGCAACACGAUGUCACGUGUCGAUCCUGCUGA